ACUCCCAGAAUUCCAUAGCCUUGAGCCACGACGUGGUCUCAAAAUGGGCUGUUUCUCCUGCCAGAAGGAAGAGGGGCGAUGGGGAGCCGGAAGUGUGUCUAAAAAAACCACGAGGACCGCAGCCCUUUGAAGCCAUUCACUUCCGGGUUCAGCUUCCUCCAAGGAAGUGCUUCCGGUUCGGCGGAGGGGGAUCAUAUACAGCGGCGUGUCCCUCGGCGGUUUUUUUAGCCGCCAUGGCUCGAAAUGCAGAAAAGGCCAUGACGGCCUUGGCCAGAUUUCGCCAAGCUCAACUGGAAGAAGGAAAAGUUAAGGAGCGAAGGCCUUUUCUUGCAUCAGAAUGUAAUGAGCUUCCUAAAGCUGAGAAAUGGAGACGGCAGAUUAUUGGUGAAAUAUCCAAGAAAGUAGCACAAAUUCAAAAUGCUGGCUUAGGUGAAUUCAGAAUUCGUGACUUGAAUGAUGAAAUUAACAAACUUCUCAGAGAGAAGGGGCACUGGGAAGUCCGAAUAAAGGAGCUGGGAGGACCUGAUUAUGCAAGAAUUGGUCCCAAAAUGCUUGAUCAUGAAGGAAAAGAAGUUCCAGGAAACAGGGGUUAUAAAUAUUUUGGAGCUGCUAAAGAUUUACCAGGUGUCCGAGAGCUUUUUGAAAAAGAACCUCUCCCUCCUCCAAGGAAGACACGAGCUGAACUAAUGAAAGCUAUUGAUGCAGAAUACUAUGGUUACAGGGAUGAGGAUGAUGGUGUUCUAGAACCAUUGGAACAAGAACAUGAAAGGAAAGUUAUUUCGGAAGCAGUGGAGAAGUGGAAAGUAGAGCGAGAAGCGCGACUUGCAAGAGGUGAUAAGGAAGAAGAAGAGGAGGAAGUAAACAUCUAUGCAGUAAAUGAUGAUGAGUCUGAUGAAGAGAAUGGAAAGGAAAAGGAAGGUGAAGACAGCCAGCAGAAAUUUAUUGCUCAUGUCCCAGUGCCUUCACAACAGGAGAUCGAGGAAGCUCUUGUCCGAAGGAAGAAGAUGGAACUGCUUCAGAAAUAUGCCAGUGAAGCUCUUAUGGCGCAAAGUGAAGAGGCUAAAAGGCUUCUUGGACUCUAGAAUAUCUUGGGACACUUUUCUUUUUAUAAUCCAUCCUAAAGCAACAGACAAGUAUCUGGGAGGAGCUGCUUUUAAAGUACUUUGGUUCUACAGAAAUAGUGUAGCUUUUGCAAAUGAUUAAAAAGAAGGGCGAUUCCCCCCCCUCCGCCGCCAAACAUAUUUACUGUAUCCAAAUCAUGAAAUUUCUUCUAUUUUCUGCUUUUGUACUUAAAUUCUAAAUGACUAUCUGGUUUGUCUUCAAGCUGGCUUUCUCUCACUACUUUCAUUUUUGUCUAAUUUCUAUGUUCUGUAGCCAUUUCUGCUGUGAUGCCUAUUGCUAAAUUAGAAAGUAAAAAUAUCAUAUACUUCUUCAGUUUAUGUCAGUGGGGUUUAGCAGAAUUGGCCUCCUGCCUAUACAUUUGGAAGGGAAUUGGAAGGCAAUUUUUAUUGCUACUGUACGGGGUAGAAAUACUGAAGCUACUAUACUGUCUUGUUUUGACUUUGCAAAAGACCUGAAAUGCCCUGUAUUACUGAAUUACUUUUAAGGAGCAUGCUCUGUAUGUCAGUUCUCUCUUGGUUGGGUUUGUGAAGUGCUGGAUAUUUCAGCAAGUAAUAUUGUAAAUACAAAGGGAAAGGAUGUUUUUUUGGUUUUGUUUUGUUUUGUUUUUUGGAUAAUACUCAAAUUUUCAUUAAAAAAACUUUUCAUGUAA